AUGUGGUCCCUGUCUACAGUUCUACCUUGCGUUGCGUUGGCAUCUGCAAGACAUGCCUUUGUGACCCGUGAUGAGACUACUCUGUCCACAUUAACGUUGUCUGGCCCGGCAUCACUCCCAACAGAUGCGACUCCACCGCUAAACCCCGCACUAGCAAGCUUCAGUGUUGAAACUGCCUUCUUUGAAGAAUAUAUGGGAAACGAAUCGUAUCCGAACAAACUCUCUCAGAAUCUUUUUGAGAACCUGAAGGAGAGGACUGGUGUUCCGGCCGAAGUGCGCAUUGGUGGCAUCACCGCUGAAUCGACAUUCUGGGAUGCUAAUCAGGAGGCCGCUCUGUACAAUUUCAUCGGCGACACGGGUGCACUCAAAAACACUACACUUGGACCCCAAUUUUGGAACUCUGUGAAGCUUUUGCCUGGAGGGACGAAGAUUGUCAUGACGCUCGAUCUAGAGAGCUUGAAUUAUACCGGUGCUCUUGAUAUGGCCGAAGCAGCAUGGAAGAGUCUUGGCUCAGGCCAGAUCUCUCGCUUCGAAAGCAAGUCAUUCGAUUUUCUCACUGACGCCACUGUAGGAAAUGAACCAGAUCAAUAUCACAGCACCCAUCUUGACGCUCAGAGCUAUACUGCUAUCUGGGAGCGGUGGACUGUCAAUAUCUCGAAGGCUUUGGGCAUCGACUACCCUGAGUUCCAAGUCGGGGCAACUGCUAUAGACCCUUUGUGGCCGUAUAACACGCCGCAAGCGGAUGCCCAGUUUGACUGUGUCAGUGCUCUGGCUGCCGGGGCCAAUGAUGGACACACUGUCAAGACCUGCAGCGAGCACACAUACCAGUACAGCGUUUGUGACAACACUAGGGCUGCUGUAGCUACGUUGACCAACCUGGUAAAUCACACACGCUUGGCUGAGUAUCUGGAUCUUUGGCAGCCACGUAUCCACAACGUUCGCGCCCAACUCGGACCCGAUGCCUUUGUUAUCGGUGAAUUCAAUUCUGUCUCUUGCGGUGGAAGGAACAGUGUUAGCAACACGUUUGGUCAAGCCAUAUGGCUGUUAGACACGACCCUCUACGCGGCUUCGAUUAACGUUUCACGGGUGUAUGUGCAUCAAGGCGGCCCCCUCGCAUUCUACAACCUCUGGUCUCCCACUAAAGUGUUCCCAUCAUAUUCGGCUUACCUCUUCGUGACUGAGGCCAUUGGUCAUUCGACAUCACUGCGCCUUUCAAACAUCUUCCCAGGACGACAGGCCAAUGGAUCCUCGAUUACGACCGCAGGCGGUGAUCCAUCUGCUGGUCAGAUCUCGGUGUACGGUUUCUGGGAUGAAAAAUCAGCCCAAAUCUACCCAUCUAAGCUCGCACUCCUAAACCUUGAGAUGUACAACCAGACAGAUUCAUAUCUUCGUCCCAAAAUCACGAUCGACAUAUCUGCGUAUUUGCCGAAGAACCAGAAAGUAAUGGUCAAGCGGCUGAUAGCCCCAGGAGCUGAUGUCAUGUCAUCCGACGUGACCACUUGGGCAGGUCAAUCUUUUGCUUCUGGUGUCGCAGAAGGCAAUAUUAUGGAGGAAAACAUAUCCGACGGACAAGUGGUUGUCGAGGCUUCCUCCGCUGCUUUGGUGUAUUGGUAA